CCGGUCUUUUCUCGCCCGUCCCAAGCGGCGCAUGCGCUGCGGCGAGGCCUGGCUCCUUCACAUCGCCGUUGGAAUCGUGUCGGUGGAUGGUGCGAACGGGUACCCGCGAGGCGGCUUAGCGAUCGCGCGCGACGGCGAAAGACUGUGACCCAUAGACCGAGACAGUUUUCAACCCCGCCGCCAUUUCGGUCAGCCCGGCUCCAUGAUUCCCAUAUGCCCGGUAGUCUCUUUCACCUAUGUGCCCAGCCGGCUGGGGGAAGAUGCCAAAAUGGCCACCGGCAACUACUUCGGAUUCACCCACACCGGGGCCGCCGCUCAAUAUAGCCAACAGCCGGCUUCAGGUGUAGCUUAUUCCCAUCCAACUACAGUUGCAAGCUACACUGUUCAUCAGGCUCCUGUAGCUGCCCACACAGUUACUGCAGCUUAUGCCCCGGCAGCAGCAACAGUUGCAGUAGCCAGGCCUGCUCCAGUGGCUGUUGCAGCCGCUGCAACAGCUGCAGCCUAUGGAGGAUACCCUACAGCUCAUACAGCAACUGAUUAUGGUUACACACAGAGACAGCAGGAAGCGCCUCCACCGCCUCCACCAGUCACCACACAGAAUUACCAGGACUCCUAUUCCUAUGUUAGAUCUACUGCUCCAGCUGUAGCUUAUGACAGCAAGCAAUAUUAUCAGCAGCCAACUGCAACUGCAGUGGCGGCGGCUGCCCAACCACAGCCCUCUGUGGCUGACUCAUACUAUCAAACAGCUCCAAAGGCUGGUUACAGCCAAGGAGCUACUCAGUACACUCAAGCCCAGCAAACUCGACAGGUAACAGCCAUAAAACCAGCCACUCCGAGUCCAGCUACUACUACGUUCUCUAUAUAUCCGGUAUCUUCCACUGUGCAACCAGUUGCUGCUGCAGCGACUGUGGUUCCCUCAUAUACCCAAAGUGCCACGUAUAGUACAACAGCAGUUACAUAUUCCGGUACAUCUUACUCGGGUUAUGAAGCUGCAGUGUAUUCAGCUGCAUCAUCUUACUAUCAACAGCAGCAGCAGCAGCAAAAACAAGUAGCAGCAGCAGCAGCUGCUGCCGCUGCAACAGCUGCCUGGACAGGGACCACCUUUACUAAAAAGGCACCAUUCCAAAAUAAACAACUGAAACCAAAACAGCCUCCUAAACCACCACAGAUCCACUAUUGUGAUGUUUGUAAGAUCAGUUGUGCCGGACCACAGACUUAUAAAGAACAUUUGGAGGGUCAGAAGCACAAAAAAAAAGAAGCAGCAUUGAAAGUAUCUCAGAACACCACCAGUAACAGUGCUUCUUCUCGUGGGACUCAGAACCAGUUGCGUUGUGAGCUCUGUGAUGUGUCCUGCACAGGAGCUGAUGCUUAUGCUGCUCAUAUUCGCGGAGCUAAACACCAAAAAGUGGUUAAGCUGCAUACUAAACUUGGCAAACCCAUUCCUUCAACUGAACCAAAUGUUGUCACCCAGGCUACAUCAUCAACAUCAUCAUCUAAGCCAGCAGCUGUAUCAUCAAAUAUUGCAACUAGCAGCAAUUCUGUGAAUUCUUCCGUUACAUCUUUGGCAGUGAAAAUUCUUACUCCUUCUGCCAAUGUACUACUUAGUACAACAUCAAACAACAAAGCUACAAUAGUACCAACGAACAUUGCUGUAAAAAAGAUAUCUACACCCAAAAUUAACUUUGUUGGCAAGUAUAGAGGUGGCAAUAAAUUACAGACAACAGGAAGCAAAGCUGAUGAAAUGAAAGCUGUAGAAAAUAUCAAGACUACCCCUAUUGCCACAGUACAAAUGCAGGAAGCUAAGCCAGAUCCCUCUGCUGAACCUGUAACUUCUACAGCUCUUGCUGCUUUGCAAAGCGAGGUCCAACCUGUUGGUCAUGACUAUGUAGAAGAGGUUCGGAAUGAUGAGGGGAAAGUGAUUCGUUUCCAUUGCAAGCUUUGUGAAUGUAGCUUUAAUGAUCCUAAUGCUAAGGAGAUGCAUUUAAAAGGAAGGCGGCAUCGAUUACAAUAUAAGAAAAAAGUAAAUCCAGACUUACAAGUAGAAGUGAAACCUAGCAUCCGGGCAAGAAAGAUACAAGAAGAAAAGAUGAGAAAGCAAAUGCAGAAAGAAGAAUAUUGGAGAAGGCGUGAAGAAGAAGAACGAUGGCGAAUGGAAAUGAGACGCUAUGAGGAAGACAUGUACUGGAGGAGGAUGGAAGAUGAGCAGCAUCACUGGGACGAUCGUCGUAGAAUACCUGAUGGAGGAUAUCCUCAUGGUCCUCCAGGCCCUCUUGGAUUACUUGGUGUUAGACCAGGAAUGCCACCACAGCCACAGGGACCAGCUCCAUUACGUCGACCCGACUCCUCCGAUGACCGUUACGUGAUGACCAAACAUGCAGCUAUCUAUCCAACUGAGGAGGAACUCCAGGCAGUCCAAAAGAUAGUUUCUAUCACUGAACGUGCUUUGAAACUUGUAUCAGAUAACAUGACUGAUAAUGAGAAAAACAAGACAAAGGAAGGAGAUGAUAAAAAAGAAGGCAAUAAAGACAGAGCUUUGAAAGGAGUCCUACGGGUAGGAGUAUUAGCUAAAGGUUUGCUUCUUCGAGGAGACCGAAAUGUCAAUCUUGUCUUGCUCUGCGCUGAGAAACCAACUAAAAGUUUAUUGAGUCGCAUUUCUGAAAGUCUACCAAAGCAACUUGCCGUAAUCAGCCCUGAGAAAUAUGAAAUAAAAUGUGCUGUACAAGAAGCAGCAAUCAUUUUGAAUUCAUGCGUGGAACCAAAAAUGCAAGUGACGAUAACUUUGACAUCACCAGUGAUUCGGGAAGAGAACAUGAGGGAUGGAGAUGUAACUUCGGGUAUGGUGAAAGACCCACCGGACGUCUUGGACAGGCAAAAAUGCCUUGACGCUCUGGCUGCUCUACGCCACGCUAAGUGGUUCCAGGCUAGAGCUAAUGGUCUGCAGUCCUGUGUCAUUAUCAUACGUAUUCUUCGUGAUCUCUGUCAGCGAGUGCCAACUUGGUCUGACUUUCCAAGCUGGGCAAUGGAAUUAUUAGUAGAAAAGGCAAUUAGCAGUGCUACUGGACCACAAAGCCCUGGAGAUGCAUUGAGAAGAGUAUUUGAGUGUAUAUCUUCAGGAAUUAUCCUAAAAGGUGGUCCAGGUCUUCUCGAUCCUUGUGAAAAAGACCCUUUUGAUACACUGGCUUUAAUGACAGAUCAACAAAGAGAAGAUAUUACUUCAAGUGCACAGUUUGCGCUGAGACUUCUUGCAUUCCGUCAGAUCCACAAAGUUCUAGGAAUGGAUCCUUUGCCCCAGAUGAACCAGCGUUUCAAUAUUCACAGCAAUCGAAAAAGGAGAAGGGACAGUGAUGGAGUUGAUGGAUUUGAGGCUGAGGGGAAAAAAGACAAGAAAGACUAUGAUAACUUUUAAGCAAGAAGUUUGUGUGUGCAUUGUUAACACAACAAAGUGAAAACGGAAGCCAUUUGUUGUAAAAAUAAUUCUUAAUAUCUGUUCAAGAACAACUGCCCCCAAAGGUUACAAAUACUUUUGUGUGGCAUUCACACCAUUUUAAAGGAUGUGCAGACUUAAUUAUGAUAGAAAAAGAUUACUAAUGAAAACUGUAUUUCAAUUUUUGGUUUGUUUUUAGCCUGCCUCCUUUCUUUAGGUUCUAAAAUAUAACUCUUGAUUUAUGUUCUUUAUGUUAACUGGUCACUGUGUACUUAAGUUGUACUGUAUUUAAUACAUUGUUAAGGUGUUUUCAGUUGCUUUGUGUAUUUGCAAAUAUGUUUAGAAUUUGUACUUACCUUUCACACUUGUAAGUUGCUUUGUAUUACAGAUGGUAAAUACAGCUCCUCCUUCACUUAAUAUUUUAUAGCAGAACACUUUUUUGUAAAGUGGGGCUGCAGGACUAUUUCUCCUUAAUGUGAAGCAUUAACAAUCUCUUAUCCUGCUAUUUAAGUGCUUUCAAUUUAACGUUUCUGCCAAUUCCAUGGCAUUUGUCUAUCUAGUGAUAUAAUGGUGUAAUUAAGACAGAUUUGUGUUAUUCUAAUCAGGUUUGUUGUUAGUUGCACAUUAGAGUAUGAAAGCAAAAUGUAUGCAGUAUGAACAGCAAUUUUAGCAAUUGAUUAAAAAUGGCAUGAUUUUGUUUUUAAAUAGAAUGGCUUUUUAAAAGUAUUGUUUUAGGCUUCAUGUCUAGGGCUUUGUUCAGUUGACUUUCACAUAGCAAGGCCAAAAAAUAAUUUUCUGAAAUGUUGCAGAAACUGUAAACAAGAGGAGAGUUUUUCCUGGUUGGGUAGAGUUUGGCUAACUAUUUUUGGAGAGCUUUGUAAGUAUGGUAAUAAUACCAUUAGCUCUGAAUUAAAAAUAAUUGUUUGCCAUAUCAGUGCCUGUGAAAGGAUUCCUUUGCUGUUUUUGCACCAAAUUAUACAGUGAUUUUCAUUUAAACCUAAAAUUGAAGAUAACAGUAUCUCACAUAAAUUGAAGGCUAUGCUAUAAAGGAAAAAUAGCAGAAAAUUAUUUGCGGCCAUAAUGUAUGCUUACGUCUCCUUCAAACAGCUAAAUAUUAUAGCAGUGGUGUAAUUCAGUCUACAUCUGCCUGUUGAUGUAUGCUUUGGUUCACAGGUGUGAUUUGUUACAACACUACAGUUGAAUACACAAAUAAAGAGUAAAAAUGUA